AUGUUCUUAUGUGGACCAGGCGCGCUCAUACUGCCCAAAGAGGUGUCGAAGAUUAGCAUGGAAUUCAACACAAAACUCUACGGAGGACAUAGAGGGGCAAGGUAUGUUGGCAUUGCUCUGUUACAAGUACCCGAUGACGGCAAGGAAUAUGAUGCCAAAUCAGUCGCCAUGUUUGAGAGCUGGCAAUUGUACGCAAUGACAAGAUCGAGCGCUUACUCUACGAACAGGAAAUUCUGGCGCAAUAUGCUGCCCCGGAUGAAAUACCGUAACCCAUCCAUCCCAAUGGAAGUUGCGCGACACAACGACCCCGACGGUCCCUCGCUCCUACACAUCUUCACAGCAACCAAAACACAGCCAUCGGCUGGCUCCACAAACUCUCCCACAACGCAACAAUCAGACGCUUCACCACCGUCCGCCACACCAAACCCGCGCAAUACGCUCGUACCCGAUACCUCGAAACCCACGUUCUCGAUUGACAUGAGAGAUCAGUCGGAAAGCGAGAUCUUGGAGGCACUGGUGGAGAAGAUAGGCGCAGUAGAAAUCAAGGCAACGGAGGAGGAGCUCGCUGAGAUGAAGGAGAUUGAGGAGUUCAAGGAGAGGUCGGAGGCGGAUAGAGUGCUGGUCAGAGAGAAGUUGCUGAAGGAGCGGAGAGAGGCUGAGCUGCUCAAGUUGGCGAGGGGUGAGGCACCGGCUGCGAACUAA